CGAAAAAAGUGUAGGUACCGCCCGCAUUUGUAUUUGCAUCUAAAGACUGAAGCUCUCACAAGGCCCACCAUAAGGCAGUGGACAUAUAAGACAAGCUCAAGCUUCGUGAAGAGGCAAACCACAACGAGAAAAGUUACUAUCUAACCAGUAUACCCAACCGGUUGUGAAAAUGUCGUCUUUCAGUCCCACCCAAAUCUUCGAAGAGGGCACAACUGAAGAGAAGGGAGAGAAUGCCCGUCUCGCCGCCUUCGUAGGUGCUAUUGCCGUGGGAGACCUCGUGAAGAGUACUUUAGGACCGAAGGGGAUGGACAAAAUAUUACAAUCUGCCUCCACCUCCGAAAUCAUGGUCACUAACGACGGCGCUACCAUCCUCAAGUCGAUCGCCCUCGAUAAUGCAGCAGCAAAGGUCCUUGUUAAUAUAUCAAAGGUCCAAGACGACGAAGUGGGCGAUGGUACGACGUCGGUAGCUGUUCUAGCAGCAGAACUUCUGCGGGAGGCUGAGAAGCUCGUCGACAAGAAGAUACACCCCCAGACCAUUAUCGAGGGUUACCGGAUAGCGAGUCAGGCCGCCCUUCAAGCGUUGGAAGGCUCGGCGGUGGAUCAUAGCAAGAACCCCGAAGCCUUCAAGAAGGACCUACUCGCCAUCGCACGCACAACCCUAAGCUCCAAGGUCCUCGCCCAAGAUAGGGACCUCUUCUCUAAGCUAGCUGUCGAGGCCGUAUUACGAUUAAAGGGGUCCUCAGAUCUUAGCCACAUCCAGAUAAUCAAGAAGGCCGGCGGAAAAUUGAGCGACUCCUAUCUAGAUGAAGGUUUCAUUCUUGACAAGAAGAUUGGAGUAAACCAACCUAAGCGACUAGAGAAGGCUAAAAUAUUAGUUGCCAAUACCUCGAUGGACACGGACAAGGUCAAGAUCUUUGGGGCGCGCAUGAAGGUCAGUUCGACUGGUAAGUUAGCCGAGCUCGAGAAGGCCGAAAAGGAUAAGAUGAAGGCCAAGGUAGACAGGAUUAAGGCACACGGCAUCAACUGCUUUAUCAACCGACAGUUGAUCUAUAACUGGCCCGAGCAACUCUUCACCGAUGCCGGGAUUAUGUCCAUCGAGCAUGCUGAUUUCGACGGGAUCGAACGCCUAGCACUUGUGACCGGCGGUGAGAUCACCUCCACAUUUGACCACCCGGAACAAGUAAAGCUGGGCCACUGCGACUUAAUCGAGGAAGUCAUCAUUGGAGAAGAUACGCUCAUCAAGUUCUCGGGUGUCGCCGCCGGUCAGGCUUGUACCAUCGUCCUCCGGGGUGCCACUGAACAAUUGCUAGAUGAGGCAGAGCGUUCUCUUCACGAUGCCUUAGCUGUCCUCUCGCAAACUGUCAAGGAGCCAAGGACAACUCUCGGUGGCGGUUGUGCCGAGAUGCUCAUGGCCAAAGCAGUAGAAGGUGCCGCAACUCGAGUAGAGGGCAAGAAGCAAAUGGCCGUGUCGUCGUUUGCGAUAGCUCUGCGACAGCUCCCCACAAUUCUUGCCGACAAUGCUGGAUUAGACUCGAGUGAGCUUGUAGCAAGGUUACGAAAGGCCAUUUAUGACGGUCUAUCGACAUAUGGUCUAGAUCUAAUGACCCCGGGCGGUGGAAUAACGGACAUGCGAGACUUAGGAGUCAUCGAGAGCUACAAGCUAAAGAAGGCGGUUGUCUCGUCAGCCAGUGAAGCCGCAGAGCUACUUCUACGAGUCGAUGACAUAAUCCGCGCAGCACCACGGAGGAGAGAAAGACAUUAAAUGGAAUGACACUCGUGAUAAAAGGAUGUAAAAGUACAUAGACUAGGCCUUAGACUAUGCGAAUACCCGUCAUAAUGAAAUCGAACAUGAAGUUUCAGGCCAAUAACUUAACAAUUAAAAUAUGCGUUAUGUCUUGCA